GCCCAUUAGAAUCAGCAGCUCCAUAUCCAAUUUCCAAACCAGAUUAAGAAGCCAAAAAAAAGGCUGCUAAAUCUCUGACUCAAUCUCCACAAAACCAAAGGUCAAAAGCUUCCCUUGCCAUCCCUGUCCAUUCACCUCUCUCUCUCUCUAUCUAUUAAGCCUCACUUGUAAUUCACUCCUACAUCUUAUUUAUUUACUCCACACAGCCACAAAUAAAUGUUUUCCUCCUUUUCCUUCUUACUACAACAAGAAUCCCCAUAUUUGUUUUCAACCAAAAUGCUGCCUUUGCCUAACUUCAUCAUCUCUGGUUGUUCAACAUCCUGAAGAACAAAACCCAAAGCUUAAAAACCUGGCUUUUAGUGAAAGGAAGGACCUUGAAAACUGAAAAAAGAAAAAAAAACAAUUUUUUUUUUGUUAUCAUGGGAAGUAAAUGGAGGAAAGCAAAGUUGGCUCUGGGGUUGAACAUGUGUUUGUAUGUGCCUCAUCAGAAGCUUGAAGAUUCAUCACCAUCAUCAUCAUCAACAACAUCAUCCAUUAAGCAUUCUCAUGAUGCUGCUAAUGUUCCUUCAAGGUUUUCUUCAGAUGCUAUUCCUCUGUCUCCAGUUUCUCCUUCAGGCAACGAGUGCCGCCCCACAACUCCGACCCCUUCUUCGUCGGGGCUCCGGUUGUCCAAAUCCAGCCCAAAAUCUUCCAAGAAAACCUGUGCAAUAUGCCUGACAGCAAUGAAACCAGGUCAAGGCCAUGCUAUUUUCACGGCAGAAUGCUCCCAUUCUUUCCACUUCCACUGUAUAACUUCUAAUGUAAAACAUGGAAAUCAGAUUUGUCCAGUUUGCAGAGCAAAAUGGAAGGAGGUCCCCUUUCAAAGUCCUGCUUCUGAUCUUCCCAAUGCAAGAUCUAGGAUCAGCCCAGUGGAUUGGCCCCGGGAUGAUGCCUGGUUGACUGUCGUACGACGGCUACCUUCCCCUCGGUUAGAUUCAAGUAGGCAGAUUUCUUCACUUUUUCAUGCCUCUGAGCCAGGAACCUUUGAUGAUGAUGAAGUCUUAGAUCAGCAGGUUGAGACUACUGAAGAAAAUCUCUUUGCCAAGGAUAUUACUAAAAUUAAUUCUAUUGGAGCAAUAGAAGUUAAAACAUAUCCUGAAGUUUCAGCUGUUCCGAGAGCAACCUGUCAUAAUAAUUUUGCUAUAUUAAUCCAUCUCAAAGCUCCCCAUGCAAGUGGAGGGCAAAAUAGCAGAAAUCAAACUAUAAUUCCCCCAACGAAUCAAAAUUCUCGUGCCCCAGUUGACCUAGUCACUGUUCUUGAUGUUAGUGGCAGCAUGGCAGGUACCAAGCUUGCAUUGCUAAAACGAGCUAUGGGGUUUGUGAUACAGCAUCUGGGGCCUGACCGGCUUUCUGUUAUAGCAUUCUCCUCAACAGCCCGUCGCCUCUUUCCUCUUCGCCGGAUGACUGAGACUGGACGGCAGGAAGCACUGCAGGCUGUUAACUCUCUUACAUCAAAUGGUGGGACAAAUAUUGCUGAAGGGCUUAGGAAAGGUGCUAAGGUGAUAGUAGAUCGCAAGUGGAAGAACCCUGUUGGAAGCAUCAUACUGUUAUCCGAUGGGCAGGACACUUAUACUGUGACAAGUCCUAGUGGAGCUCAUUCCAGGGCAGAUUACAAAUCACUUCUUCCUAUCUCAAUUCAUCGGGAUGGUGGGGCGGGUCUCCGUAUCCCUGUGCAUGCCUUUGGGUUUGGUGCAGAUCAUGAUGCUGCUUCAAUGCAUUCAAUUUCUGAGAUAUCUGGGGGUACAUUUUCUUUCAUAGAAGCUGAGGCUGUGAUCCAGGAUGCAUUUGCCCAAUGCAUUGGAGUUUUAAGUGUGGUAGUGCAGGAGGCAUGUGUUAAAGUUGAGUGUGCUCACCCAAAUUUGGGAAUUAAUUCAAUAAUGGCAGGGAGUUAUCAAACCAGCAUGACGGCUGAUGCAAGAACAGGUUCUAUUGAUGUAGGAGACUUGUAUGCUGAAGAAGAAAGGGAUUUUUUGGUGACUGUCAAUGUUCCAGUUGAUGAAUCCAGUGAUGAGAUGUCAUUGCUGAAAGUUAGAUGUAUUUACAGAGACCCCAUUUCAAAAGAAAUGGUAUCCUUGGAAGAAGCCAAUGAAGUAAAGAUCCAGAGGCCCACAAUAAUUGGACAACCAGUAGUGUCAAUGGAAGUAGACAGGCAGCGAAAUAGGCUCCGUGCUGCAGAGGCUAUGGCUGAGGCUAGAGCUGCUGCUGAACAUGGUGAUCUAACUGGUGCUGUCUCUCUCCUUGAGAGCUGUCGCAGGGCUUUAUCGGAAACCAUUUGUGCACAGGCUGGUGACAGGUUAUGUGUUGCACUAUGUGCUGAGCUGAAGGAGAUGCAAGAAAGAAUGGCAAACCGUCAUGUGUACGAGUCAUCUGGAAGGGCGUAUGUGUUGUCGGGUUUGAGCUCACAUUCCUGGCAGAGAGCAACUGCACGAGGUGAUUCCACCGACAGUACAAGCCUUGUUCAAGCUUACCAGACCCCUUCCAUGACAGACAUGGUGACUCGUUCUCAGACCAUGUUUUUUGGGAACCCCUCACAACGAAAGCUUCGACAAGCUCAGUCAUUUCCAGCACGUCCACAGCCUAGGUAAUCAGUGGUGAAAUCUUCAAAAAAUUCUCCUCACCCUACAUUCAUUUUCUAUAUCCACAAACCUUUUGUUUUGUGAAAUUUUUGUCUUUCAUUUUUGUUGCUUGGGGAAGCGGGGGUAUAAAUUGGAGAAAUAGAAAUGGGGUUCGGUGUUUUUUACGUGGUGGGUAUAUUUUCUUGUUCUAAUAUGUAAAUUAAUAAAAAUUGGAGACAAUUGAAAUGACUGGUUUGAGUGGGAUAAAUGGAGGUGAGAAUAGGGGGAAUCUGGGAAUUAGGUGUUUUACAUAUUUUGAUAAUGGAGCAUUGUACAUAGGCAGCAAUGGCUUUUUUUUUUUUUCUCUUUCCUUCAAAAACGGUAUAGCCAUGUAAUUGUGGGAUACUCGGGGUGAAUUCUUCACUUAAAUAUAUGAUAUGGUAUAUCUGCUUUUGAUUCUUUUUCA